CACAAAUCAGCAAAAGAUAAACUUUGCACCAGCGUAAAGUGGAGAAGUCAUCCGGAUUUUGAGUAUCAUUUUGCCUGGUAGCAUAAAGGCAGCAAAUUGGAACAUGAAGACUACGAUUCUGCUGUUUUGUCUUCUAGGAUCGACUUGGUCGUUGCCCAAGCAGCUUAGCCCUGCUUUGGGACUUCCUCCAACAAAACCGACUCCAGAUCAGGUGACACUACUAACCCAACAGCAACAAAAUCAGGUUUUCCCUUCCAUAAAUCUAAUACCAUUAACACAGAUGCUCGCUCUGGGAUCAGACCUGCAACUGUUCCACCCUGCUGCUGUAGCCCACGGUGCACAGACUCUGCCUUUCACACUGGGGCCGCUGAAUGGACAGCCUCAGCCGCAACCCCAGAUGUUACCCAUUAUUGUGGCACAGCUUGGAACUCAGGGCACUCUCCUGAGCUCAGAGGAACUGCCACUGGCCUCACAAAUCUUCACAGGCCUCCUUCUCCACCCCUUGUUCCCGGGAGGCAUUCCCCCCUCCAUUCAGGCCGGGGCCAAAGCAGACGCGCAGAAAGGAGCCCUUCCUGCAGGACAGGCAGGAGCAAGCCCUGCCAACCAGGGAACCACCCCGGGCCACGUCACCACUCCCGGGGUCACAGAUGACGAUGACUAUGAAAUGAGCACCCCUGCAGGCAUGCGAAGGGCCACACAAACCACGGAGGGAACCACUAUUGACCCACCAAAUCGAACUCGGUGAGCUGUUUCAGAUCCCCCCAGCUACACCACAUCACAUUUGGAGGUCACAUGUGAAUCGCCUUCAACAUGACAGAAAUGACUGAGACACAGUGAAAGGUCUUGGGAGGUGUAAACUCUUAGUUUACCUAAAACUUUUCUUGAAAUUUCAGGAGAUACAUACUGAAUGAAAACAAUUCCGACUUCAAAAGAAUUUUUCGUUAAAUAGAUCGAUUUGUCUUUGAAAUA